CACAAUCAUUCAGGCUCACUUCCGAGGUUACCAGGCAAGGAAGCGUUACAGGAAGUUGAAGAAGACUUUGGUGCAAUUUAAUACCAUGAUUUUAAUCUCCAGACCUUUGAUUCAAAGGAGAAAGUACUUCCAGCAGAAGGAAUUAGAGGAAAGGAAACAAAGGAAGUGGUCUCUGGCCAGCGGUCACACAGAGAACAGUUACAACCAAGGAAUGGAUGUGGGACUGCUGGAGAUCCCUGCAGAGCUUGCUGUCCUCCUGCAGUUAGCUGAAAGUCAAUACCGAACACGGGCCAACCACAUAACAGAGACAUUGCCUCCAGAAGUCAAGGUCAAAGAUGACCUUUCCCUCCCACCCACCAUCAACAGCUAUCCUUUCUCCUCCUUUAUUAAGUCACACUUCCAGAAGACAGAUUUCCCUGCUCCUGGUCAGCCUCUGCAGCACCCCUUAACCUGUCUGGACACUGAAUACCAGGAGAGCGCGCUUGAGAUCAACAAACUGAUUUUACGGUUCAUUGGUGACAAGAAUCUCCAUGGCUGGCAGGAGGUACUUCUGGGCAACUACAUUGCUGGGAGAGGUUUGAAUAGUGUGGCUCUGCGCAACGAAAUCUUCAGUCAGGUGGUUACCCAGACAUGGAAAAACCCAGACAUGGAGCACAGCCAGCGAGCUUGGGUCCUGAUGGCGACUUUGCUGAGCUGCUUUGCCCCUUCACCAGCACUGGAGAAGCCGUUGCUGAAAUUUGUGUCAGAUCAUGGCAUGGAGGGCUACAAUGCUGUUUGCCAGCACAAGAUCUUGACAGCAGCGCAGCAUACAGAGAUAGACUCUACAUUCUCUCGGGCCUACCCUCCCACUCAGCUGGAGUGGAUUGCAAACCAGAGGAGAGGAAAGAUGGUGCUGGAUGUUCAUACCUUUAAUGAGGAGAAGUUCUCAGCUGAGGUGGAGUCCUGGAUGACUGGGGAGCAGUAUGCAAGCUGGAUUCUGAGUGCAAGGGGCUGUGAUAAGAAGUCUCGAGGGUGGUCUGUCUCCAUGUUUACUGGCAACACAUGGCAGGACUUGCUGGGCUGUGACUUUGUCCUAGACCUCAUUGGAGAGAUAGAGGAGGUCAGUAACCACAGCAGCCCUUCUCAGUCCUCAGCUGAGUACCCCAUCACUCCUGCAAGGGACAGAAGCUUCCUCCAGAACUCUGACCUGGAUUCGAUCCCUCCUGCUCCAGGCAUCCAGGCCCCUACCUUCCCGCCACCUAGCCUGCCUCCAGAAUUCAACAAUCUCCAUCCAGAUACAAGAUCCAGAGAUGACCUGAGGAUGCCUGUGGGCUUGGAUCACUAUGUGGAUGAUCUCUUCAGCACUGUGCUGCAUCAAGGCUCCAGAGUACCAGAUAUGGAGAACAGGGAGAAUCUGACUGGACGCAUGAAAGGAGGUGGGAAGAUUGGACCCACACAGAGAGGAAUCUUUCCUUCUACAGGCCUCUCUGGAAUGACUCAAGCACCAGUUUACCAGCCCAUGCCUUCCAUGAUGGGGAUGCCAGCAGCUAUGCCUAUGAUGCCAGCGGCUGGUGGGAUUGCAUCUGUGCCAGCCAUGGUUAUGCCCCAGCCUGUGGUUCCAGCUGUAGAUCCCAAUCAGUUAGCAGCACAACAGCAAGCUUUUAUCAACCAGCAAGCCAUGCUCAUGGCCCAGCAGGUGACCCUUCAAGCCCUGAGCAUUUCCCAGCAACAGCAGCAGAGGCAACAGUCUCUUGAGAACUCAAGACCAAGCGUCUCAAGUCCACCACAAGCCCAAGCACCGUCUCCAGCUCCAGUCCCAGCCACUUUCCCAAAACCCAAGAGGCCUCCCAGCAGCCAGAAUGCUGCACCACCACCACAGGCUCCAGAACCGCCACCUAAGGCAGAAGAACUGGUUUAUCACUACACAGAAGAUCAGUUAUCCAACAAUGUUGAUGAUGACUAUCCUCAGGAAACCUUCCAGCAGAAGAGAGCAUAUUUUCAGAAGAUGGGAGAGCAACACAUCCUAGUGAAGAAAGUCAGGCCUCCUUCCAAAACCUGGACCCCUCCAGCAAAUCUCCAGACACAGCAGGAGGAGGAGGAGAAAGAAGCAGAGAAGGAGAAGAGGGAAGAAGAGAAGCCCAGCCCUAAAAUAGAGGCAGCUCCUGCUCCCCCUUUGCCACCUCCUGAGCCAAAGCCAAAAAAGCAGACACCAAAAGUGAAUGAGGAACCACCUGUAGUGAAGCCGUCAGGCCCUGAGUCGCGGCCUGCACCCAGCCGGGAGAUCCGCAACAUCAUCAAAAUGUACCAGAGCAGGCCAGCCCCUGAACCCCAGCCUAUCGAGCCUGUCAGAGUGUCUAAGCCAUUUUUAAAGAAGAACGACCCCAAAAAUGAGGCACUGGCCAAGCUGGGAAUGAUGAACCUCGCAUCUCCCAAAUCACCAAACACCCUGCCACAAGAGAAGAGAACACCUCCACCUCCACCUCCCAAGCCCAAGACAGGCUCAGCUUCCAGCACUAUCAAGGAGAAGCAGUUGCCUCUCCUGUCCAUCUUCAGCUGGGAGAGUACCCCAGCAGGUUCCCAGGACCCUCCUGCUCCCCCUCCUCCCCCGACAUUGCCUUCACCUCUCCCGCCUGUGAACCAAGACGAGCAGGAAUCCACAGGGAAGGACUCUACUGUAACUGUAGCAGAAGAUGAUGGUAUCAAGACCCAGCUGUACAAGCUCACUGACAGUGUCAGCUUUUCUUACGACAACCCCGCCUGGAAAAUCUUUCUGCGCAAAGAGGUGUUUUACCCCAAAGAAAAUUUCAGUCACCCUUAUUGUCUGAACUUGCUGUGUGAACAGAUCAUGCGUGACACCUUCUCUGAUUCGUGCCUUCGGCUCUCCAGGGAGGAGAAGCGCAAGAUGAAAGACCUGCUGAUGGAGUUCCGUGUUGGCAACGAUGUCCAGUCCAUUCAGGAGGAUGGGAUAAAGAAGAGGAUUGUACUGGCUGCACGGGAUAACUGGGCUAACUAUUUCUCCCGCCUUUUUCCAGUUCAUGGUGAAAACGGAAGUGAUGUCCAGAUCCUGGGUGUUUCUCACCGGGGCAUGCGGCUGCUGAAGGUGGUGAAAGCAGCUGGCUAUAAUCCUGAGCACCUGAAGAUUCUUCGCAGCUACAGCUUUGCAGAUGUGCUGUCAGUGGAACUGAAGGGAAGCAAUGCCCUGGAGUUCUCUCUCAAGACAGAGCAGCUCGUCCUACACUCUCCAAAGGCUCCGUGCAUCAAGGCCAUGGUGGAAGUCUUCAUCCAAGAGCUGAGGCAGGAUACCAACUACGUCGUUGCUCUGCGCAGCUACAUUGUGGAUGACAAGAGCCUUCUUAGCUUCGAGAAGGGUGACCUCAUCGAGUUACUGCCCAUGCAAGGCGUGGAGCCAGGCUGGCAGUUCGGUUCCACUGGUGGCCGCUGUGGUAUUUUCCCCACUAGCCUGGUGCAAUUGGCUGCAGCCCCUGAUUACCUCAGCACCAGCAUGGACAGACAUGGAGGGCAGCAGAAGAGUGUGAAAGCUUCCCUGGAGAGCAGGAACACCAGCAAGGAGACUUCUGUUCCCAGCCUGGCAUCAGAAUUCAACAACGUCAUGUUAGUCCCUGCUGGUGACCAUUAUACCAUGGUGGACUUCGCCACAGCCUACUUCCGAGAGGCUCAGUCCAUGCAGGGACUGAAGGGGAUGUCUUCUGAAAAGAAGAGUGCAGCUAAACUGGUCCAGCACACCAAGGUCCCAAUCCAGGAAUCUUUGCUGCGGUUCUCUGAUAGUGAACUGAAUAAGCUUGCUACAAAAAACUUCAAGACUCUGAUGCGGUUCAUGGGAGAUCAAUCAAAACUUAAGAACCAGAAUGAGGUUGAAUGCAUCUGUGAAAUCCUUCAGCUGUGCAAGGAGAAGGAGAGUUUGCAUGAUGAGGUCUACUGCCAGGUCAUCAAACAGGUCACCCACAACCAUAACCAGGAGAGUGUGCUGCGUGGCUGGUUGCUCCUAAACCUGCUAACUGGGUAUUUCCUCCCUUCUAAUGUCCUGAUGCCCUAUGCCACCAAGUUUCUGCAGCUAGCCAGCAGUGAUCCAUCCAGCACCCACCAUGAUAUAGCCAAGAUCUGUCAGAGCAACCUGCGGAAAAAUUUCAUGUAUGGGGGCCGUCGCCACCUUCCUUUCCCUGUGGAGUUAGAGGCAUUGCUGAAGGGGCAUGGUGCCCGCCGGCUAGUGGUACUGAUGCCUGGAGGCAUGGAAUACCUCAGCAGAAUUAAGACAUUCACUGUGGCCAAGGAGCUCUUGCAGGAGAUCUGUGAGCAGAUGGGGGCAAGUGAACCAGAAGAGAUAAAGGAAUUUGUUCUUUUUGCCACCAGGAGUGUCAGUAAAAUGGUGAGGCCAAUAAAACCGGAGGAGUAUCUUCAUGAUUACCUGCUGGAGGACAAGUUGAUCACUGUGACUUUACGCAGGCUCAUCUGGACAACACCUCUGCACUUUGAGAACAAAAUUUACACUGAUGUUCAUUAUGGACAAGUGCUGUGGGAUUACCUGAAUGGAAGGAUACUGCUGGGCCAUGGUGAAGAAAUGAAGAUGCAGGUGGGCAUUUUGGCAAUGCUCCAGCACUGCGCCAAAACAGAGCAGCAGAACACUGCUCCCUCUGGGGAAGACCUGAAGAAGUACACGCCAAAGACCCUGCAGUCCUCCAUCGAUCCCCAGGCUCUGCAGAACCACGUUGGCAUGCUGCUGAGAACCCGGCAGGCCCUGCAGCCACUAGAUGCAAAAAUCCAGUUCAUAGAGCACGUGAUGAAAUUGCCAUUCUUUGGCUACAACACCUACUUUGUAGAGAGAGUCAGCGAUGAGACCAUACCUGUGCCCUGUUUCUUUGGCGUGAAUAAAGAGGAGAUCAUUGUGGUGGAUGGCACUACCCAGGCAGUCUUGUGUGUCAUUCCAUUGAAAGAGCUACAGAGCAUGCGAACCCUGCGGCCUAUCUCUGAUGGUGGGCUUCCCGGCAUAGAACUGAACUAUGGCUCGCCUGCCAGCCCCAACACUAUGUGGCUCGAACUAUCACAGGCUAAAGAAAUGUAUCACACGAUUGUUGUCAUCCUGGAAAAAACAGAGCGGCACCACUAGAGCCUAAGAGGAGGAGAAUGACCAAGCAGAACACCACCAUGUGAUUUUUUUUGAGCUUUUUCAGUGCUCCCUGCCUUGUCUUCUGGAGAGGACUCUUCCGAAAGACAUCCAUGACCUCAGACAGCUGCUUUCUAAGACUGCCACCACAGUGUUUGUUGAUGGACUGGACCAUAAUUUCACCCCUCCUGACCUACCAUUCAGUCCCCAAGUACUCUUCCUUGAAGCGAUGUGUGCACUGGCUAAACAAACCACAAGACACCCUUUUCACAACAUUGCUUUUUCAUAGCCUGUUCUAAGACAGAGCAGCUGAACAGACACAAGCAAUUGCCUUCAAGCUUAUGCAGUGUGGACCAUUCUUUUCUUUUUGAGUUAAUUAACAUGAGCAAAGACUGAUGCUUGUUGGAGAUCUGUGUAACACAAGGCACAGCUGAGGCUAUGAAAUUACUUUACUGCCUGCUGGUGUUUUCCAUAGGCCAGCUUUUCCUCUGUAUUGAUAUGCAAGAGGCCCUAUAGCAGGAUUUGUGAAGCAGGAGCUUGUAGAAAGCAUCUUAAUUGCAAAGCAGAUCAGUGUUAAGAUACAAUUAACACAUAUGCUGGGGCACAGAUUGAGCUGCAAUGGUAAGAAAGUUUGUUGUUAAUUAAUUUCUUACUGACAUAAUUAUAUGCAUAUGUUUCCCUCUACUAUAAAGAAGUCAGUCGUGUCCAUGCAGCUGUCAUACUUAAAUGAUGUCUCCAUGCCUAUGGAGCAAACGUAUUCAAAUGGAAUUUGUAUUACAUUAGAGGAGAGUGGCUUGGGUUGUACAAAAAUGCUUAAUUUAUUUUUAUUGCUACAGCUAUCCUACUGAAGUGAAAAGUAUCUGCA